AUGCCAGGGAGACCAACUCUGAAAAGAAAAGGGCAUGCCACUGAAUCUCAAGACAAAUACUCCCAAAAUAAGAUGAAGGUUACAGGAAAAGGAAGGACUGUCCAAUGCAAAAAUUGUCUUCAAAGGGGUCAUAACAAGGCAUCCUGUAAGAAUCCUAAGAUCACACCAGAACCCAAACCCAAGAAAAAAAUGGGUAUACCAAGAUUGGAUCCUGAUAUCAGUCAUUGGACUAGAGGUGGUGUAAGAGGUGGUGUCAGAGGUGGUGGAGUGGCUGAAGUUGAAGGUGGUGGAGUGGCUGAAGUUGAGGAUGACACUAUUCCUGAAAAAUAUUUAGUCCAUUUAUGGAAGGCAAUGCAAGAUUUGAAACUAUCAGGGUAUUCAACUGAAGAAAUUAAAAAGUCACUUAGUCUGACAGAUUCACAUAUGAAACAACUCAAUGAUUACAAUGACACUAUUGAACAAGUUCUUCCUAUGUCUAUGGAAGAGGAGUAUCCACCUCAGACUGAGACACAAGAUGGGGCUGAAGAAAUUAUCCCUGAGACACAACCAGAAAGUGAGGAAGAAGAAGAAGGCAUUAAUGACACCCAUGAAUUACCAGUACACCUUAGGAUUGUGAAAAAAAGAAGGCCCUCUGAGAGGAUUGUUAAAACCAAGCUGAAGAAGAUGGGAUGUGUUGGGACUUCUUCAAAUUCAGCAUUGGAGUUGGAUUAG